AUGGUAGACGAAACGCUUGCUCGAUACGCGUGCUGGAUCAGCAGUCAGGCAGCUCUAGCGUCCGGAAUGGACCAGAAGUUGACUGCUCUCUCACGACGCACAGCGGCGGAGUUCCGGAAGGCAGAAGCAGAGCAUGCCGAUCUGGCGACGCGGAUCGGUCUUCUAGAGGCUUGCUGCUGCAGGGCUGGGCUGAUGACCUCGGAGGUGGACGUCUCGUUUUCCAAGCCGGUGGCAGGACGAGGUGACGAAGCGGGUAGGCACAGCCUCGCUGAGCCACUCGAGCAGCAGUGCCGCGGACUCGUGGAGGCCAGCAGAUUUCUUUCCCAACUUUUGAAAAGUGCCUGCGGCGGCGCCAUGGCAGAGCAAGCGCGUUGCAGCCAUGGAUGCGCUCUCCUCGCACAAUUUUGGGGCGUGGGCCUUUGGGUGUACAUCUUUGUGGACUGCAUAGCAGUGGAGCUGGGGCGUGGACUGCAGCCGUUCAAGCGGAUGGACCUGACGGGCUUGCAGUGGGCUGGCUAUGCAGCAAUCGCGAUUUCUCUCUGGCUGGUGGAAGGCGUGCGAGCCUUUCAGAUGAGCUUCUCCCCCAUGCUCGUCCGAAGGGCACGUGAGCUUCGAGAAGACUCUCCCACCUGGGAGAAGAUCUUGGCACCUUUUUUCGUGGCCGGACUCGUUUCCGCCACGCCCGGCAGGUUAGUCAAGAGCUGGCUGCUGAUUCUGAUCCUCAUCCCGGGUCUGGCAUUGUCCGUUCCACACUUGCCUUAUCCGUGGCGCGAGGCAGUGGAUGCAGGAGUCGUCUUGGGACUGGGCUGGGGUACGGCGGCUGUGGCAUACUUUUGGCUGCGGGGCUGGUUCGGCUCCAGUUGGCCAACGAUCAGUGCAGACCUGCCAGCACAUCGGAUCAAGCCGACCGCAGAGGCCAACCGGGCACCCCUCGCUGAGGGCGCGGUCUAG